CACAAUGAAGUAAUUCUUACGUUUCACAAACCGGAAGUUUCACAUGUGAGUUUGACAACAACAAAACCAUUACAGUUUAGUUGUGAAAUUGCUUGUUUUUGACAGUCAUUUAAGCAUUUUCUUACUUUUUUGAUAUGGCUGAGAAAAGAGAGAGAAGUGAGGACAAAGAAAUCCAGCAGGGACUGUCUGACAGUCCUGAUAAACAUCCAAAACUUGAAAAAGAACAGGAAACAUCGGAACCCGAAGUCGAAGUUGAUCAAGCGGACUCGAUGCCUGAUUCAGGUAAACGGUGUAACACGGGAGCAGACGGGGAUCACAUAGGAUAUCAGGAAAAUCUCGCAGACAAAUAUGAAUAUCUGGACCACACGGCUGAUGUUCAGUUGCAUGCAUGUAUCCUUUUAAUGGAGUGUAAAUGUCAUUCUAAAUUGAUAUUGACAAAAACUUUGAGCAAAUUAUAAAAGGGAAAGAGAAAUUUCAAAAUAAACUUAAAAAUCUUAAAUAAAUAUUUAUUAAGAAGGUUCUAAGUGUCUAUCCUAUAUAUUGAUUAAUAAUUGAAUUUAAUUUAAAUGAGAAUUAUGUCAUUUUCUUUGUGCAUUAUACCUCCACUGCUAAUUAAGGUAAUAGUUUUAGAUGACUUCCAACAAAAAUGUGUCUAUUAUAUUUGAUGUAAUUUGACUGUGAUAUGGUAUUAAUUUUCUUAACAUAUGAAAGGGGGAGACAGCUUAAAAGAAGCAUUUGAACAGGUAGUUGUAUCAAUGUUUAACUAUAUGACGACAGAUUUCUCAACUGUAGAAAUGACAGGCGAACAGGAAGUUGAAGCAGAAGGGGAGGAUCUAGAAUCUUUAUUAUUUCACUUUAUGGAUGAAUGGUUAUUUGUUUUCUCUGCAGAACCAUUUUUUAUUGCAAGGAAAAUUCACAUUACAGAAUUUGAUGUAGAAAAUUUUAAGAUUAAAUCGAUAGGAUAUGGGGAAGAAUUUGAUAUACAGAAACAUCCUCAGGGUACAGAAGUGAAAGCUAUUACAUAUUCUAAUAUGCAGAUCUAUGAGGAAGAAAAUAGACAUGAAGUUUUUGUAAUAAUUGAUAUAUGAUAUAAGCUAAAUAUGUGCUUAGUUCUUAACAAAUUUAAACCAUUACACCCCUAAAUUAGUAAAAAUGGACUUGCCUGGCAUUGAAUUUGGACAUGUCCAUUAAUGAUGUGAGGGGUUUUGAUUUGAAGAUGUUGAAAAUUGUAACAACGGUGUAAGCAUGAAGUCUUUGUAAUCAUUGAAAUAUUAUUCAACCUAAAAGUGCAUAGUUAUUAACUAUUUUUAUAUGCCUGAAAGAAUUCUGGCGUAUAUUGUUAUGCACCUGGUUGUCCAUCUGUCUGUUCAUUCGUUUGUAAGCAGGUUUUCUUGUCGGGUCUGUAUUUUUUUAACCUGUGGAAGGAAAUUGAAACUACUUGGCAGAAAUGUUAACCAUAAUAAAACGAUGUGCAGAGCGCAGGUUUGACCUUCUGCAGUCAAGGUCACAUUUAGUCCUUUUGUAUCAAUGUCUACAUUUUGUGUCUGCUCUGUUUCUUUUAAACUGAUAGUACGAAAUUAAAUCUUUUUAGCAGAAAUAUUUAUAUUACUGACAUUAAGCAGACUACCUUGGGUCAAGGUCACACUGACUCAUAUAAGUGUAAAUAUUACAAAGGGAGAUUACAAUGUAUGAAUUUAUUAAUAUGGUUCCUACCAAUAUACAUGUAAUGUAUUUACCUCCCUUUAUUUUCCAAAAUUUAUUACUUGAUAAUGUUUUUGUUUUUAUUUAUCAAACUUUGUAUUUUUAGAUUUUUCUCGGUUUUAGAUUUUAGAUAAUUGAGGAGCUUUUAUAGGUUUAUAUGAUUUAAUUAUUUUAAAAUAAGACCAUCUUAUUAAUUGUAACUGAUGUUUCUUAAGAUAUGUGAAUUCACUAAAUAAUAUUAAAUUUUGUGCUUUUGAAUUUCUGGUAUAAUAUUUAUACGUUUCUAUGAAUUUUUAUCAAUUAAAAACCAACAUUAUUACUGCGCUUCCAAAUAAGCUUUUUAAGGGCAUGACUGCUGACAUGUCUGGGGUCUGUACAAUGUACUCCACAGCAAAAGCUGUGACAUAUAUAAUUGUCACCAAGUAUUCAUGUAACAAGAGCAUAGCUCUUUGGCAUGUAUCAAUAUAGAUCUUAAUAUUGAUAAUUGAAAUAAAACAUGUUUUGGAGAAAUGUUAUAAAUCCUCUCUGUUAUUUUUGAUUACUUAGAAUUUUAUUUACUUAAAACAAAUUUGCAUUCGGGCUUAUAUUGUCAUGCCUAUGCAGAGUAUGCUGUGCUCUUGUUAAGCGUUUGCACUCCCUAAAUUUGUUAAAUGGACAUGCCUUGCCAUUAUUAGAAAUUGUCCAUUGAUAAUUUGAAGAAUUUGAUAUGAAAAUGUUGAAUAUACAUGUACAUAAUCAUUAUAAUAACAGACAUAUAUGUGCAGACAUAACGUCUUGCAAUCAUUUACAAAAAUACUAUCUAUAAAGUUAUUUAGAGUGUUAAACACCUUAAUAUGUGUACUCAACAUCACUAGUUUCGCUUCAUCACUUAUUCCAAGGAAAUGGCAUGUUUCCAUGUGAGGAGUGUUAAAAUGGUCAAAAUUGAUAUAUUUUUAUCAUACAUCUAAACAAUAAAGUUCUUUUGCAAACUAUUUUAAAUCUGUAGAAUCUUACGUAAAAGAUAUGUUACUUAUUUCUGUAAAAAGCAACAAUUGUCUAUUAAAAUGUGUGCAUAUGUCUGAAACAAUCGUCAAUUUCUUAGUUUUAAUAUUAAAAAUCAAGCAAUAUAACAUUUAGUAAUUUAAACUUAAACAUGAAAAAAACUAGAAUGUAACCCCAUCUACGUUUUGACCAUGAAAUCUGAUUUUGAUUAAAUAUGUUGUCAUACAACAGAAAAUACCUAAAUGCUACAGGUUAUGACAAUUUUUUGGUACUGUAAGUUCAUUGUUUUCCUUCUUGUUUCAAAGCGUUAAGUAUUAUGAACUAAGAGGAGGACAGUAUACACGUACAUGGUUUUGAAUUUGAUCAUUUUGGGAUUGAUAGGAGACUGCUUGUACAUGUAAAUCUCAUAUCUGAAUGAAAGUAUUUGUUUCUGAACAUCUCACAAUAGCAAGGGUGUAAAUAUAUUGUAUUAAAUCUAAUGUUUCUGAACAUUAUAAUGUUCCUCAAACUAGAAAAGAGGAUGAUUCCUUUUAAAAAACAGAACCAGUCCUAAUAAAAUUUCAAAAAUUGUUCUUAUUGUUUUACAAAAUAAACAUUUGUAUUCAUGUUGAAAA